AUGACCACUUUUACCAUUUAUAUUGAUGAUGAAGCAAUGCCUUUUUCUAGUGAUUAUAGUGCUCCAGGUAGUCCUGUUGCUAACUUUUCAAGAAAGGAAGAGUUUAAAACUUUAUGGAAACAAUGUAGUGAUGAUUAUGAUUUUCAUACCAAUCAAUUUAUAAAUAUUCAUAUCUUUAAAUCAACAAUUCAGCCUGAACGAUCUGAUCCAUCAAAUUAUGAUGGUGGAAAAUGUUGGAUAACAACAAGUCGUUCUUUUGUAUUAGAAAGUUUUGAAGCAAUGGUUAAUGAAUUAUUAUUUAGUGAUUGUUCAUUUAUUUCAAGUAUUAAUGGUAUUACAGCUUGUUUAAAAACAGAAAAAAAUUCAACAAUGGGUAUUUGGAUUAAAAGUUGUGAACAAAAUACUAUUCAUUUAUGUAAAGAAUUUAUUGAAGAAGGGAGUAAACAAAGUAAGGUAAUGUUUGAAAAACACAAAGAUGAAAAUCAACAACGACCAUCAUUCUUUAGUAUGUUAGCAGAUUGUGAUGAAACAAAAAAAGAAGGAAAUAAUAUUAAAAGUUCAGAAAUGGAAAUCAAAAAUAAAAAAUCAAUAGAAGGAAUUGAAGGAAAAAUAACAAAAGAAUUAUAUAAAAGACCAAAAGAAAAGAAAAAUGAAGAAGGAUUUAAUGAAUUAAUGGAAAUGGCAGAUCCAGAUGAUUUUUUACAACAAUUUGUUGAAGCGGAAUUAGAAUUAUCAACAGAAGAAUUAUGGGGUGAUAUUUAUGAAGCAAAUAAAAUGUUAUUUACUGCACCAUCAACAACAUUAGAAAUUAAAUUAAAUUCACUUCAUAAAAUACUUAAUUAUUCAGGUAUAAUGACUGAUUGUGGAAAAAGAAAGAAAAGUGGAGAGAAAAAAGUAAAUCCAGUAAGAGUGAGUAAAAAGAUUAAAGAAAGUUUCACUAGUUCAGAAGAUACAUCAAGUACAGAAAUUAAUGAUUCAUUUGGACCACUUUCACUUGAAGCAGUUACUCCAGAUACAACAUUUGAUGGAGCUACAUUACCAGAUAAAAUAAUUCAAAAUUCAUUAAACAUAAAGAAUCAUAAUACAUCUGAAUAUAUUGAAUCUAAAACAUUUAAUGAUACAAAAGAAUCAAAAGGAAGAAUAGAAGAAAUAAAAAUAAAGAAAGAAAAAGAAAAUAAAAACAUUGAUGAAUUUGAAAUGAAAGAUAUUACUAUUCCAAGAAUUAGUAAUAAAGAAAGUGAAAUAACACUUGAAUCAAGUGAAUCAACAAGUAAAUUUAAAUUAAAUGCAAAACCAUUCACACGAAAAAAUAAAACAAAAAUAACAGAAAGUUCUAUAGAAUCACAAUCAAUAGGAGAUAUUUCAGAUGAAAGUAGUAUUAUUGAAACAGGAGUUAUUUCAGAUGAAAGUAAACCAAAAACAAAAAUUAAUAUAGAUUUAACAAAACCAAUUAAGAGUUAUAUUCCACAACAUUUAAAAAAAGAAACAUCAAAAGAAAUAAAAGAACAAACAUCAUUAAAUCAAGAAAAAAGUAUAGAAGAGAUUAAAGAUAAUACUAAAGAGAAAAAAGAAUCUAAACAAAAAUUAGAAAUAAAAAAAGAAAAUAAAAAAAUACAUAAAAAAGAAGAACGAAAGAAAACACGAUUUAUUGAAAUACCUAUUCAAAAAGAUUUUGUAGAACCAAUUAUUCAAACACCAAUAGAAAUAGAAUCUAAAGAAAAUAAUAAUAUUGAAAUUACAGAUCUUCCAUAUCAAAUAGAAGAAAAAACAAAAACAACAUAUAAUAAACAAAAAUUAACAACAACUAUUUUAGAAAAACCAGUAGCAUUAAAAAUACAAAGAGAAAAAGAUAUUAAAAGUAUUCCAAUGGUAUCAAAAUCACCUGGUAUUGAAAAAACAAAAAAAAAUUCAUUAUUAACAAGAAGAAUAAAAAAAUCAAUACCAUCAACACCUGGAGAAAUUAGAAGAAAACAAAAAAGAGAAAAUGAAAGUAAUGAAAUAAAAAUUGAACCAAUGAGAAAACAUAAUCCAAAUAAAAUUAUGGAAAUUGAUAAACCAAGAAAUGAAGAAAAUGAAACAGAAUCUAGAACAGUAAUUACACCAUCAGCUCGAUUACCAUGGCAUAUUAGAAUGUUAAAAAAAGCAAGUGAGAGUGGAGAAGAUUUUGUGUUAGUAUUUAAAUAUCAUAAUCAAAUAGUUGUUAUUGUAAUUACUGUAAUGAUAUUAACAACAAUAAUAAUCAUUGGAUUAAUGUAUUUAAUCAAUGUAGAAUCAAAUUAUGAUGAUUAA